CCGGGCGCCAUUUUCGCUUCCUUCUGCAGGUUUUGGUCGACAGAGGGUGAGGAGGAAAAAUGAGGGAGGAAGGCGAUAAUGAGUGAAGAGAAUAGAAAGGGGAGAGUGGAAGGAAGCCGGCAAGUCACCAUGAGCUAUGACAGGAGUGGGCCUCCGGAUAUCGAGGGGAUGACAAGCUUGAAGGUUGACAAUCUCACGUACCGGACGUCCCCUGAGACUCUUAAGCGGGUCUUUGAAAAGUACGGGGAGGUGGGCGACGUCUACAUCCCCCGGGACCGCUUCACACGGGAGAGCCGGGGAUUUGCUUUUGUCCGCUUCUAUGACAAGAGGGAUGCAGAGGAUGCUAUUGACGCCAUGGACGGGGCCAUCCUGGAUGGCCGGGAAUUGCGUGUCCAGAUGGCCAGAUACUCCCGGCCACCAGACUCUUUCAGAAGAGGUGGUGGCACCAGUAACCGCCGAGCCAGCCGCUACAGACGUAGCAGGAGCCCCAGGAGGAGACGCCGUUCCCGUUCGCGCUCCCGUUCCCGAUCCAGCCGUUCGCGCUCCCGUUCCCGCUCCCGGUCCAAGCCUGGUGCCCGGGGCAAAGCCCCGCCACGUUCCCGUGCCUCCCGCUCUCGUUCCCGCUCCCCUUCGGGUUCCCGUUCCCGCUCACGCUCCAGGUCCCGAUCCCCUUCGCCAGCCAAGGCCAGGCCAGUGGGUGGCUCCCGCUCUCGAUCUCGCUCUCGCUCCCCUUCGCGCUCUCCAUUCCGCCCUGCCUCCGGCUCCCGCUCUCGUUCCCGCUCACCCGUGCCCACCAAGGAACCCAGCCCCCAGCCGCAGCCGCGGACUCCCCAGUCCGACCCUGCCGAAGUACCACCCACCUCCCCAGGUCAGGAGCGCUCUCCAUCUCCCAUCCCCACUGCCUCUCCGGAAAGGAACGACGAGCCACGGUCGGCAUCUACAUCUCCGGAACCAGUGCCACAGGAGACUGAGUGAGGAGAGUGACCAAUCUUCCAUCACCUCAGUCCCACCAGGCCGCUGCGAGACUGGGGUGUGAGGCGCCAGUGGAUCCAUGGGACCGAAAGGCACAUCUGUCGCCGAGGGAAUGCAUCUCCUGCUAGCCGUGGGUGUGGUGGGGGUUGGGUGGGGGACAGUGUCAGGAGAGCAGGGCCACAGCUCGAACCCACCCAUGUCUCGAUAAUUCUGCUUUAAUUUUGUUUGUAUAAAAAAUCUACAAAACUACUUGCUUGCGUGUGCCUGAGUCCAUUCUGAAGGUGUCUAUAUUACUCCCAACUCCCUUGCCCUUGCAUUUCCCUCUUCCUUUCCCAUGCCUCCUCCUUUCUUCUUCACCUUACCGAAAUCCAUAUAGGCAUCAUCCACUACUCUUCCUUCAUCACUCCCCGUAGUCAGCUCUUUGGAAUACCUCAAAGUUUCAACUGAUAUGAGCUGUCCAUGAGCUAAACCAUGUGGACUGCUCCAAUUCAGGCCUUGUGAUGAGAGAUCUUGUCCCUGAAAAUCCCCUCAAAUAACUUCCCUACAACAGAAGUCAGACUCACUGGCCGCUUUUUCUCAACUAUUGGAAGUACAUUUAUUAUCAAAGUAUGUAUGCAGCAUACAGCCCUGAGAUUCGCCUUCCUACGAACCAUGUGUCAAAGAAACACCAUGGAACCCAUUCAAAGAAAACAUCAAAUCCCCAACAUGCAACAAAAGCAUCAUGCAAACAGCACUAAAAAAACACGAGUGAAAUACACAGACUAUACAACAACAAACCACCGUAGUCACGGGAAGAGUCCAAGCAUAUUCAUAUUCAGUCUGGUUCGGUUCAGUUCAACCCAACCCACUGCUGUGUCUUCAAAAUUCCAUAUCAAUAUAGGGUCUUUUAAGAGACUUUUGGAUAGGUACACGGAGCUUAGGAAAAUAGAGAGCUGUAGGUAACCCUAGUAAUUUCUAAGGUUAAGAACUUCGUGGGCCGAAGUGCCUAUAUUGUGCUGUAUGUUUUCUAUGUAAAAUGGCAGCCAGAAACACACCGUAACAUGAAUGACAGAGUCCAAUCACGUUGAUUAAACCCUGCCCAAGACCCAGGACUCUGGCUGGGUAGAGGGGGUCUAUUCAAAUGCAGGGACCUUCCUCUUGACACUUUAAUCGCAGAGAAUUGGAGUCAAUCCUGGGCUCACAACCUGUCUCCAGGGUUCUCGGCCUAGAGGCUGCGUACUUUGCUAGAAACCUCACUGAAACCCCUUGGAGACAGCAAUGCACCAGAUUGCUGAGUUGGCCCAAAAGCAUGCCGGAGAAUACGGGGAAACCAAGUAGUUCUGUGAACCGUCUGAAGGAUGUCACCCUUGGCCGUGUUGUUCAUUGGCCCUGUCCUCACAUCAGGUCUACUCCAGUCUUCUGAAACUUGGCUAGCAACAGGUCCUCUAUGAUUUCCUCCCAUAAAAUCUGGAGGGUGGGGGUGUACUUGCCCGCCUUAAUGAGACUCAAAACUACAAAUGCCUCCUUCCUUAAACAUCAUCCAAGAUCUCUCUGCUUAUUACCCUCAUUCCUUUGGGUUAGUGUCCAUGAUAUGGAGAAAGAGACGCUAAAAAUCUUAGCCAUCUCCUGCAGCUCCACGCACCAGCUGUCCUAAUGACCCAGUCUCUCCCUGGUCACCCUUUUACAGAACAAACCCUUGGGAUUAUCUUUUGACCCUGCCUUCCAAAUCCAUCUCGCACCCUCUUUCUGCCCUCUUUUUAUAUUCUCGUAAACCUUUUGUAUUCAUCAAGGGAUUUAUUUGUUCCCAGCUACCUAAAUGCAAUGGCUUUUUCCUGACCUACGCCCCUGCAUUGGUGGAAGUCGGCCAUGGUUGCUGUAUUGCUGCAGUGCCAUGUGUGGCUGUUUCCACUGGUACAAGUGAGGCAGUCUCUCUGCACACAUUGCACCUGUAGUAUGCAAGCCAGGGGCUGCCCAGUAGUUGCCCGUCAGGAUUGAGUUUAACAUAGGGCUGCCUUAGAGUCUUCCGCUUUGCAUUUUUCCUCAGGGUUUAUUCCCGCAAUCUUCCCGAUGAAUGGGCAGUGGAAGAUUGAGAUCAGAGUUUUCCUUGUCCUAGAUGAGUUGCUAACCACAGCUGAUGAGCCCCAUCCAUCUGUUCAUUUUUGACCGGAGCUUCAAUAUAUCUUGUCAGCUGGGGUUCCCUGAAGUUGAUAAUGUCUAUUCUUCACUUGAACAGGAACGUGGACUCGUUUUCCAACCCUUUUAAAAGCCUCCCACUUGCACCCAGUGCGAUUGUGCCUCGUGCCCUUGAACUUGGCCGUGCUUCAGUUCAGAGCCUUAAUCUGUGAAUAAGGAACUUAGAACAGAACCUCACAGAUCCAGUGUCACUGACAUAUGCUGCUUUUCUGCACCAGUAUCAGAAUUAGAUAUAUAUAAAAUUAAGAAGUGCAAAAAAUUAGGUAAUCUACAUUGCUUUUCAGACAUCUGAUAGUGGAGGGGAAGAAGCUGUACCUGAAAUGUUCAGUGUGUCUUCAGGCUCCUGUAGCACCACCUUGAUGGUAGUCGUGAGAAGAGUGUAUGUCCUGGGUUAGAUUGAUUGUGGCCAAAAAGGAUGUACUAUUCUAUGUUCUGUAUUCUCAUCCUCCCAAAAUGAAUUCUGACAUUGCAUUUACCUUCCUUACUGCCAACUCGACCUGUUUUCUCCCUGAUUAGAAAAUAAUCUACACCUUUCUUCCUUCUGCCAAAGUGCAUGACCAUACACUUCCCUACACUGUAUUCCAUCUGACACUGUCACCUCUUCUUGUCUUUGUUGGGGUGGAGGAAGGGUUGUGAUGGUGAAGUACAAGUUUACGAGGGGGUGCAGGGGAAUGACUGAGAAGCUCCUCCCACGCCUGGGGUGAUAUGUGGGAGGUUCAGAGGGAGGAUAUUUUUCUAUCCCGGGGUGGAGGUAUUGGAAUCCACCAAAAAUAUGGCCAUCAGAUCAACCAGAAGGGGGUAUCAGAGCUCCGGUAUCCUUGUGGGUGACCCCACUCUCAUGCCAUGCUUCCCACAUCUCGGUGAAAGUGUUGUUGAUCACCCCCGGUCCCCAACACAUGUGUUGGAGGAGUGAAAUGGGAUUGAGUGGUUGGCUGUCAGCACGGUCUAGCUCAGGCAAAUGCAGAGUGUCAGUGUGCCCCCUCAGAAGUCUCGGGAUGGAAGGUGGACGUUCUCAACCACCGGCCAGCAGAGGUGGAAAUGUCUGUAAAGUCUCAUCAACUCUCGCAGCACAGGAACGGGACCUACGGACCAUCUCAUCCCUGUCCUGAGCUAGUUCUGUUUGGUCUAUCUUCUAAAACUUUCCUGUCCAAGUACCAGUUAAAUGUUAAUGUGCCUGCCUCAACCACUUCUGGCAGCUUGUUCUGUACAUGCACCACCCUCAGUGGAAAAAGUUGCCCCUUGGUUCCCUAUUAAAUCUACUCCCUGUCACCUUAAAGCUGUGCCCCCUAGUUCUUUAUUGCCCAACCCCAGGGGAAAAGACUGCACAUUCACCUUAUCAGUACACCUCUGUGGUCACAUUUUCUUACAGGCAUCAUGGGGAAAUGAGAUACAACAAAUGGUAUUGUGAUUCAGAGUUUAUGGAUUGGACAAUUGUGUUUAUGGACUGUGGACUUUUUCAGACUUCCAGUUUUUAUAUUGUGUUUUUAAUGGCCCGUUCGUGUUCUGUUUUGUUGUGCGAGGGGUGGGCGUUUUGAGGGUUGAUAUUCUAUUAGUUAUUUGUGUGGUGGUGGGGGGUCAAUGUUCUGUUUUGUGCAUGGAAGGGGGAUUUUGGGAGUUGAUGAUUGGGAUGCUAUUCUUUUUUGUGAGUGGGUUUGAUGUUUCUCUGAACGACUUUCAUGUUCUUUCUUUGUUUCGUGGCAAUCUGGAGAAGACAAAUUUCAUAGUUGUAUGUGGAUACAUGCUUUGAUAAUAAAUGAACCUUUGAAAAACUACUCAUAAACAAA